CUGCGCGACAUACUUGAAACAAGAACUCGAAAAUCCAAGGUAAAGUACAUUUGGAGUGAACUUACUUAUGAGAAGCCUAUCACUCACUGUUCCUGUUACCAGCAAGUGUACAUUACUUCGAAUACUUAAACUUUUAUCCCAAUGAGCAGCACAGAGACCAAUGAUGUGAAUGUCUCCCCUGGUGCCGAGAGGACAACACAACAGAAUGAAACCCUCUCAGACACCCUUAAAAAGGUGGAAGACUUUCUGCAGCCUUUCCGUCUUUCCGUGGAGAAGCUGCGUGAUGUUUCGGCCCGACUGCAGAAGGACUUUAUCCGGGGCUUGGGCAAGCAUACACACCGUCGGGCACCUGUCAAAAUGCUGCCCACCUUUGUGAGGUCCACCCCAGACGGCACAGAGAGGGGGGAUUUUUUGGCCAUGGAUCUGGGUGGAACUAAUCUCCGAGUGUUCCACGUGUGGGUGGAGGACCGGGAGAAUGUGAGGAUUGUGAACAGGAAGACCGACCUCAUCCCCACGGAGAAAAAGAAGGGCACUGGAAAUCAGCUGUUUGACUUCAUUGCAGCCUGUCUGGAUGAUUUCCUUAAGUCCUCGAGCCUCACAAACAAGACUCUUCCACUGGGUUUCACUUUCUCCUUCCCCUGUAUCCAGAAAGACAUUGACAAGUGCAUCCUGGUCAGGUGGACAAAGGAUUUUGACUGCAAGGACGUGGUAGGCGAGGACGUGGUGAAACUACUUUGUGAGGCAAUCAAAAGGAAAAAAAUCUCAAACAUCAGCUCCAUUGACAUGGUGAACGACACUGUCGGAACAAUGAUGGCCUGCGCCUUCCAAGACCAGAGCUGUGAAAUUGGCAUGAUCGUCGGGACGGGAACGAACGCAUGCUACAUGGAGGAGAUGAAGAACGUGAAGCGCGUGGAGGGCGAGGACGGCCGCAUGUGCAUCAACACGGAGUGGGGCGGCUUCGGGGACGACGGCUCGCUGAGGGACAUCCAGACGGAGUUUGACCAGGAACUGGACCGCGGCUCACCGAAUCAACGUGAAAACCUGUUUGAGAAGAUGAUCAGUGGGAUGUACCUGGGGGAGGUGGUGCGGCUCGUUCUCGUCAAGCUGGCCCAGAAGAAGCUGCUGUUCAGGGGCAAGCUGUCAGAGGAUCUCCUCACACGGGAUAAAUUUAAAACUGAAUACAUUUCUCAAAUAGAAGAGGAUGCCACUGGACUGGACAAAGCACGGGAAAUUCUGUCAAAGCUGGGCCUUCCAGCCAGUCCAGAGGACUGUGAGAUUGUACGCGUGGUGUGCAGCACCAUAUCCACCCGCUCCGCACAGCUCUGCGCUGCUGCCCUAGCGACCAUUGUCAACCGCAUCCGUACCAACCGUGGGCUGGACCAUCUACGCACGACUGUGGGGGUGGAUGGCGCGGUGUACAAGAAACACCCCAAGUUCAGCCAGCGUCUCCGGGAUGCGGUGCACGUCCUCGCCCCGAAGUGUGAAAUCUCCUUCCUGGUCUCUGAGGAUGGCAGCGGAAAGGGCGCCGCCAUGGUGACGGCGGUUGUCCCAAGACAGCCCAAGGGCUCUCGGCUGCUGGAGGACAGCGAUGUCUGUGAACAUUUUCAGUGCCAAUCGGAGAAAUGCCAAUCGCUUUGUAUCCCAAUGAACAGCACAGAGUCCAGUGAUGUGAAUGGCUCCCCCUCUGCUAAGAGGAUAAAACUCAGCCAGGAUGUUCCAGGCCAGAAUAGUGAAGCCCUAUCAGCCACCCUGAGUAAGGUGGAAGACUUUUUGCAGCCUUUCCGUCUCUCCUUGGAGAAGCUGCGUGAUGUUUCGGCCCGGCUGCGGAAGGACUUUAUCCGGGGCUUGGGCAAGCACACACACCGUCGGGCACCUGUCAAAAUGCUGCCCACCUUUGUGAGGUCCACCCCAGAUGGCACAGAGAAGGGAGAUUUCCUCGCGCUGGAUCUGGGCGGGACCAAUUUCCGAGUGCUUCACGUGCGUGUGGUGGAGGACCUGCAGAGGGUGCUGAAGAUGGACAGCAAGAUCUGUCCCAUCUCCCAGGAGAUCAUGCUGGGCCCGGGAGAACAGCUGUUUGACCACAUUGCAACCUGUCUGGCCGAGUUCCUCGAGUCUCUGGGCCUGAAAGACCUGACUCUUCCUCUGGGUUUCACUUUCUCUUUCCCCUGUGAACAGAAAGACAUCGAUAAGAGCAUACUGGUCAGGUGGACGAAGGGGUUCAACUGCUCAGGGGUGGAGGGGGAGGAUGUGGUGAAACUACUGCGGGAGGCAAUCCACAGGAGAGGAGACUUUGACAUCAGCUCCGUCGCCAUGGUGAAUGACACUGUUGGGACAAUGAUGAGCUGCGGGUACCGUGACCAGAGCUGUGAAAUUGGCAUGAUCGUCGGGACGGGAACGAACGCGUGCUACAUGGAGGAGAUGAAGAACGUGAAGCGCGUGGAGGGCGAGGACGGCCGCAUGUGCGUCAACACGGAGUGGGGCGGCUUCGGGGACGACGGCUCGCUGAGGGACAUUCAGACGGAGUUUGAUGUGGAAGUGGACCGCAGCUCACUGAAUCCAGGCGUACACACGUUUGAGAAGAUGAUCAGUGGGAUGUACCUGGGAGAGGUGGUGCGGCUCAUUCUCAUCAAGCUGGCCCGGGAGAAGCUGCUGUUUGGGGGCGAGCUGUCAGAGGAUCUCCUCACCCAGGAUAAUUUUAAAACUAAAUACAUUUCUCAAAUAGAAGAGGAUGCCGCUGGACUGGACAAAGCACGGGAAAUUCUGUCAAAGCUGGGCCUUCCAGCCAGUCCAGAGGACUGUGAGAUUGUACGUGUGGUGUGCAGCACCAUAUCCACCCGCUCCGCACAGCUCUGCGCCGCUGCCCUAGCGACCAUCGUCAACCGCAUCCGUACCAACCGUGGGCUGGACCAUCUGCGCACGACUGUGGGGGUGGAUGGCACGGUGUACAAGAAACACCCCAAGUUCAGUCAGUGUCUCCGGGAUGCGGUGCACGUCCUAGCGCCAAAGUGUGAAAUCUCCUUCCUGGUCUCUGAGGAUGGCAGCGGAAAGGGCGCUGCCAUGGUUACGGCGGUCGCCCAGAGACUGGCCACGCAGUCACGGCUGCUGGAGGACAGCGAGGGAGAGGGAGAGGAUGAAGAAGAGGAAGAGGAGGAAGAGGAAGAGGAGGAGACAGAGAAUUAACACAUUCUUCCAGAUAGCAGAUAGCAUGGCAUGUGCACAGUAAAGAAGCCUCCCUUUUACAUAUCUGUGAACAUGCAGCUCGAUACAGAGGCACAUGCUUUUGUGUCAAUGAAACAGAUUUUAAAAGUGACAUUCAACAAGUAAUACAAUUUACAUUUCACAAAGUGAUGGAAUCAUUGUCAACAGACUGCAGGGAAGUUUGAUACUUACUAAAUAGAUUUAUUUUACCAGAUAUGUGUUUACAUUACAUUACAUUACAUUACAUAUUGUAUCGUACAUAGCAGAUGCUCUUAACUAGAGUGACUUACAUAGGUUACAGUUUUACUCCAUUUCUACUGGAUUUCCUUGGUUCUGAAUGUUUUGUGUGAUGUGUUCUAGGGGAGACACUAGAAACAGCAUGCUAUAUAAUGCACAGCCAUAUAAUUUGCCAAAAUCACAGGUAAUAAAUGUACAAAUGCAGUAAAGAAAAC